AUGCCUCUGUGUCAGGCAGGCAUGAAGGCAGUUGCUGUAACUUGCUGUCUCCUCUGCUUUCAGUUUGAAGUGCUGUACGGAGCUGACAGCUGCUUAUUACGUGCAUGCAAAAAUAUAGAUCAGCCCCGUGUUUCUGAUGCUCAGGUGAUGGUGGAAUUUGAAAAAGGAAACUUCAAUUUCACAUUCCCCAACCCCCAAAAUGCGAGUGAGUUCAGCAUGACCCUCUUCAAAGGGAGUGAAAAGAAGGAAAUCUGUGCACUCCAUUUGAGCAAAGAGAGAGUUAUCCCCACGAGUAAUGUCACCUACUGUCAGACACAGAAUUCAAGAACCAGCACCACUUUCAUUCUUAAAAAUCUGGAAAAAACACAUGUUGAUGUUUAUACCUACUACCUGGAGAUAUUCUUACCCCCUCCUUACAUAGAAUGCUGUCUGAAAGAAACCUAUUUGUAUAUCCAAGAUAAGGAAGACUGCUUUUCACUUGGACUCACGUCAUGGAUAAUUAUCAGCCUGAUCAUUUUUGCCAUUUUCUGUGUCUGCUUUGUUGUGUCCUGUUGCUUAAGGAACAAGAAUCAGAAGUGUGAAUCCAACUCCCAUGAGUACAACAGUGAAUACAUGCCCAUGGCAGCGGUGAACGCAGCUAAGAAAACAAGAAUCUGAGGUAUAAGUUGCUUGUGGCAUGGAAAUCUUGGAAGCAGAGUUUUCCAGCUACUUGAAUUUGGACAAUGGGAAAUCAGCUUUCCCCCACCUUUCCCAACCUCCCUGAGCUCUCAUGAUGGCCCUCUGCUCAGCCAUGUGACACCCACUGCAGUACUGUUGUGAGCUGUGUUUUGCUCCAGCCUUGUUUGUGAGCUGGCACCCUGCCUGAUCCACUGACUCGGACAUGAAAUGAUAACAAUGUGUUAAAGAUGUCAGCUUUUAGUUGAAGAAAAUGUAAGAUUCCUGUAGUGCCGCUACAGAGA